GAUGUCGUCUAUGUCAUCCGAAAGACGAUGAAUGCGAUUAACUUCACAAGUCUCGGUACAAACCUCACCUCCCCCAGGGACCACGAGAACUUCUUCCCCAUUGUGAUACAGAUCGUGCAGACCAUUUUAUUCAGCGUAGUAUGUCUGGUCGGGCUGAUAGGCAACACGCUGGUCAUCUAUGUGGUCAUACGUUUCUCCAAGAUGCAGACGGUGACCAACAUGUACAUAGUCAAUCUAGCUAUAGCGGACGAAUGCUUCCUUAUAGGAAUACCGUUCCUCAUAACGACCAUAUGGCACAGGCACUGGAUCUUCGGCCAUUUCGCAUGCAAGGCCUACAUGAUCUCCACUAGCAUAAACCAAUUCACUAGUUCAAUUCUUCUGUGCAUCAUGAGUGCGGAUAGGUACUUGGCCGUAUGCCAUCCUAUCUCGUCUCCAAGAUGGCGAUCUCCCAUCGUAUCCAAAAUAGUUUCGUUUCUGGCUUGGACGUUCAGCAUUAUCCUGAUCAUACCCAUCAUCCAGCAUGCGAAAGAAGUUGAGAUGGAUGGAAAGAAAUCAUGCGUGAUAGAAUGGGGCACGUAUUUCAACUCCAGUGAUAACUUUACAGAUGAAGUGGACGUUGGGUCUGCGAAAAUCUUUACCUCGUAUACGUUUAUGUGUAGUUUUGCUAUUCCCCUGUGUUUGAUUCUCGUCUUCUACUGGCUGGUAAUAAGGAAACUAAAGACUGUGGGUCCGAAGCACAAAUCGAAAGAGAAGAAAAGGUCCCAUAAGAAAGUCACCAAUCUCGUGCUAACUGUGGUAACAGUGUACGUCAUUUGUUGGCUGCCAUAUUGGAUCACCCAGCUUGCCAUCAAUGGGAGUAAUGACAACUUCUCCAUCACUCUCCACUUGCUGGCUUCCUGCAUGAGCUACUCCAACUCCGCAGUGAACCCCAUCCUGUACGCCUUUCUGAGCGACAACUUCAAGAAGAGCUUCCUGAAAGCCUGCACUUGCGCCGCUCACAAGGACGUCAACGCAACGCUGCACUUGGAAAACAGCGUCUUCCCCAAAAAGAACAAGCCCGCAGACAGAUCGAAACAGCACCGAGGAGCCUCCCUAUGCAUCAACAACGACGAAAUGGACGCCGGGCCGCUAGUAAGCAAAGGCGACGUGGCAUCCACGUCUGCGAUCACCAUGACCAGCAGAACCACCUACACCCUGUGCGACAGUAGAGACAAUGUGUCCAAGGUGAAUGUACUAAAGAACGGGGUCUCAGUACCAACCAGUGCAGGUACCACCAUGGCGUGAAUUCUCAUCUCUUUUGGUGGUACUCCUACUUGAUCAAGAAGAUCAAGUUUAAUAUAAACAGCUUCACAGCAAUGAUUGAACGAAAGACGCGAAAUGAUCCAGACUUAAGGCGUGGAAAGUAUUUCGUAUACAUGAACAAGACGUUCUCAUCUAUGGACUACAAGGCUGGACCUACUCUCUCCUUACUUGGAAGCAUGUUGACAGAAAAAUUUGCUGACACGAAGGACCAAUUUGACCCUAGGUCUAAGACAACAGAACAACAGAACUGGAUUUUGGAACUAACAGGGUAAACAUUAGGAACUGGACAGUCCAAUUGUAUAUGUGGCUUAAAAACAUUUUCUGUAGUCGUAAGGGCUACAGAACUAUUAGACUGUCAACUGAAUGAAAAAUAAGGUGAUUGUAGAACACGAAUUCAGAGAUGGAUUGUUCGGACUUGUAAUCGGGGAAACAUGAAAAAAUCUGUAUUUCAUGACGUCACUUUGAAGAUAUAGGGCAUUGGAGAUAUAUUUCUUGAACAAAACUUGUGUCGUAUGUAAAAUACGUCUCAGACCUAAGUUCCGUCACAGAGAUGCACACUACGUCUAUGCUUGGCAUAUGUUUUUCGGAAGAAGCGAUAUAAGAAUGUUACAAAGUCAAAUCGAUUGAAAUGGUGUCAUCCUCAUGUGUUUGAGAACCCGGAUGCUUUGUUUUCAAUGUCACUCAUUAAAUCAUUAUAAAAACACCUCUUUUACGUAAUUGUUUGGCCGAAUAAAUAAAAGACUGGUAUUUUUGCCCGAUUACAAAACCAAACCUUCUAUUGCAUGGCACCUCAAAUUCUGCUUCUAAUAUCGCAUAUUGAACACCCUGAACUAGCAACAUCAGUCGAAUUGAGAAGUUGAAUUUGAAGAUUACUAUACUGAAGUAUACUACAGCAACAAUAACCUAUUUUGACGAUUCUUACUAUGUUAUGAAUUUAAAUUAAUUUUGUAGAAAAAAUGUAAAUAUGUUGACAAUGUUCUUAAUGAUUAUCAUCAAGUUUUCAGCAUGAGCCCAUUGAAAACUUAUGAUGCCUUUAAUUUGUAAUGCUUCCGUUAUUUUCAUUUUAUUAAUCUAAGCAUAGUGUUUUGGACAUAUCAAUUUUAAGUUAUGAUACAUUUUUUACUUGACAAAUGAUUUGUAAUGUACAAUGUACUGUAUAGAAUAUAAGUGUAACUAAAAACUGGUUGUCUCUUAAAUGUAUAUUGAUU